AUCCUGACAGAGAACAGGUGACAAGGCUGGAAGCAGAAGCCACCAUCCCUCCAGUAGCCUCUCCUUCACAGUCUCUUCUCGUCAUGUCCUUACAAGAAGAGCAGGAAAAGUGUAAAGAUAAUGGCCCCUGCAAGCACAUCUGCAAUAUUGUGGAAGGAAAUGUUGUAUGCUCUUGUUUGUCUGGAUAUACGAUCAUGGCUGAUGGGAUUUCUUGUGAAGACAUUAAUGAAUGUGUAACAGAUACGCACACCUGCCAGCGGAGAGAGCACUGUGUCAACACAAUGGGAUCAUUCAAAUGUCUCCAGGAAUUGAGCUGUCAGCUAGGUUAUGAAUUUAAGGAUGGAGAAUGUGUUGAUUUUGAUGAAUGUGAGAGAGGAACUCACAGUUGUAAAGUAAACUUCAUUUGUCAGAAUACUGAAGGAUCAUUCUACUGUGAGUCAAAGCAACGCUGCAUGGAUGGAUUUUUACAAGACCCUGAGGGAAACUGUGUUGAUAUUAAUGAAUGCACAUCUCUCCCUGAGCCAUGUAAACCAGGAUUCAACUGCAUUAAUACUGUUGGGUCUUACACCUGCCAAAGGAACAUGCUGACAUGCAGCAGAGGCUACCACUCCAAUGAGGAGGGAACACGAUGCGUCGAUGUGGAUGAAUGUCAAACUCGUGUACACCAUUGUGGCGAAGGGCAGAUUUGUCAUAAUCUUCCUGGGGCUUAUCGCUGUGACUGCAAGAUGGGAUAUCAGUACGAUGCAUUCAGCAGAAGCUGCAUUGAUAUAAAUGAGUGCUGGAAUUACCCUGGACGCCUGUGUCAGCACACAUGUGAGAACACCCCUGGGUCCUACCAUUGCACGUGUUCUUCUGGUUUCCGCUUGUCUUACGAUGGGAAGCAUUGUGAAGAUGUGAAUGAAUGUGAUACUAGUCCCUGCAGCCAGGAGUGUGCCAAUGUUUAUGGUUCCUACCAGUGUUACUGCAGGCAAGGUUUCCAGCUAGCAGAAGAUGGGCAUUCUUGUAAAGAUAUUGAUGAAUGCAUGCAGAGUGCAGGCAUUCUUUGUACUUUCCGCUGUGUGAAUGUUCCUGGUAGUUACCAGUGUGCCUGUCCUGAGCAGGGAUAUACCAUGGCAGCAAAUGGAAGAACCUGUCGAGAUAUUGACGAAUGUGCAACAGGAACCCAUAACUGUUCAGCUGCGGAAACUUGCUAUAACAUCCAGGGCAGCUUCCGCUGCCUGUUCUUCGAGUGCCCUUCCAGCUACAGAAAAGUAUCUGACAUGAGGUGUGAACGAAUCAGUUGUUUUAAUUACCUGGACUGCCAAAAUACCCCGGUGCGCAUUACCUAUUACCAGCUGAACUUCCAAACCAAUAUUGUGGUCCCAGCUCAUAUUUUCCGUAUUGGACCAUCGCCUGCCUAUGCUGGAGACAACAUAAUCCUUGCCAUCAACAAGGGAAAUGAAGAAAAGUACUUCAGCACUCGAAGGCUGAACUCGUACACGGGCAUCGUCUAUCUUCAGCGACAAGUGAAAGAGCCUAAAGACUUUUUGUUAGAUGUUGAAAUGAAACUGUGGCGUCAGGGAACGUACACUACUUUUCUUGCCAAAAUUUACAUUUUCAUCACAGCUCAUGCGUACUGAAGCAUGUAUUGACAUUGGAUUUUAUUGGUGCUAUGCUCUUUAACUGUUCUACCAAAGCUUAAUACUGUUGAACUGGCAUUUAGUGUAUCUAGCCUUUAUAUUAUUUUUCUAUCAUUGCUUAAACUUUUUUAUUGGUUGUGUAAAUUAAGUUAAUUUUUAUCUUUUGUUUUGUUUUCUUAUGCAAUUCUUUACAUCAUCAUUUGACAAGGAAUGAAGGAAGGGUUAGAAAGGCAGUACGUACAUUGUGUUAAAUGCUGGAACCUUUUCUUAGAAAUUAUUUUUAGGUUUAGUCACAUCUGCAGGGUAUUGCACUAG